GCGGGGUCAGCACUGCAUUGCCGCCUCCUUCCUUCCUUCCUUCCCACCAGCCUCAAGAAAAGGGCCGAGGCGAGGCAAGGCAAAGGCCAAGCCGUCCCCUCCCUCCUCCCUCCCCGUUGCUUCAGUUCGUCCACUCCCCGUUCCCCCAUAUCUAAUCCUGGACCGACCGACCUGCAAGCAGCAGCGAGAGGAGAGGAGGGAGAUAUAUACAUAGCCAAGGAGGGGAGACUCUUUCGAGACGACCAGGAAGGAGGAGGAGGAUGCCUUCCAGAGCGAUGAACCGGCUGUUCGUCGAGUCGUCGUCGUCGUCCUCCGGCAGCGGCGGAUGCAGGGAGGCCGCGCCGGCCGCGGCGGUGCUCUGCGCCCCGAGGCCGCGCAGGGCCCAGGUCCAUCCUUGCAGCGCCGACCUCAUCCUUGGCCCGCCGCCCUUCCUGCUCAGCAGCAAGAAGAGCAAGGAGGGAGGCAAGACCAAGUCAGCGGAGGCGGAGGUGGACGGCGAUGAGGACGGGGGCUGGGCGCUGUUCGGCGGGUCGCCGCCGGCGCGCGCGGACAACCCGCUCGUGCACGACCCCCACUUCCUGCUCAACCAGCGCCACCCCGUGGACUCGUCGCCGUUGGAGCUCGGGAUUUUUGACCACCAGAGCCGCAGCAACUACAGCCACCACCGCCCCACGUAUAUUAGCAGCAGCAGCAGUAACAGCAGCAGCAGCAGUUUUGCCCCGUCGUUCGCGCCGACCGUGAGGAUCCAGGGGUUCGACGUCGCCGCGUGCCGGAGCUCCCACAGCAACGGCGGCGGCCGCGUGCUGUCCGCCCGCGCCUGAGCGCGAGGCGGUGACGGAGGAGCUCCGGUAAGCCGGGGCGCCGCCGGACCCAGGGGGGAAGACCUCGAAUCUUGUACAGUUUUCGCCGGCAGACCGUCUUGUUCGUUAGCUUACUACUACGCUACGUGUGUUUUGUGGUAUAUACAGCAACGGUUUUUAUUAACAGCAGAUCAGUCAGAAUAGGGAGCCGCGAGAGAGAUCUCGCUAAGAAGAAGAGUAGAUUGAUGAUCACCGAUACACAGCAGGGAGGGUCAAAGGGAGAGAGAGAUGAAUUUUUUUUCUUAUAUUUUUUUUUCCUCAGCAAGGUUUUCUCGUCUUGUGUUGUAAACUAGCAUCCUCUUGUUCGUCCUGUAGAUAUCAAUCAGUUCGUGUUCUAGUUGAGGAGUCCGUUCCUGGGAUGGUGAUGAAAAAAAGAUGCUUUUGCUUGCUUAAGCAAGCCGUGAAGCUACCUCCGCCAUGUAAACCAUGGUUGUAUGUAUAAAGAAACCGUGUACAUAACAUGAUGAAUAUGUAAUCAAGAAUUCCGCAUCCAUCA